UUGCGACUCUGAAGUAAACAAACUAAGAAAGUCGCAAAGUGACUGAGAUUUACGUGUAAUACAUAACAUCUUGUGUCUUCGGGGUUUUUGCCAAAUCGGUGCGGAAAUUCAUUACCAACGCCUGGUAGAAGUUCAAGCUUGAUCUGAGAGAUAACAGUGUGGUUUUUUUCAGAACAAUCUGGUUGAUUAUCGUGGGAUUUUUACCACAACAAUGUCGUGUUUUGGUGGAGAGAAUAAGGCAAUUGUGUGCCAUGUUGUCAUGUUAGAUGAAUCAGAAAUUGCGAUAGAGAUGAAGGCCCAUACCAAAGGUCAAGAACUUUUAAACCAAGUCUUUAACCGAAUUAACUUGUUUGAGAAAGAUUAUUUUGGUUUAAGAUUCUUGGAUCAUUGCGAGGAAGCGAGAUGGUUGGAUCCAGAGAAGUCUAUUAUCAAACAGAACAGAAAUAUUUCUGUGUUCUACUUUGGUGUGAGGUUUUAUUCUUCAGAUCCUUGUAAAUUACAGGAAGAGAUAACCAGGUACUUGUUCUUUCAACAACUGAAGAGAGAUAUUUUACAAUCUAGGCUUCACUGUUCAUUUACUGUCGCCACAAGACUUUUUGCCUAUGUUGUUCAAGCGGAGCUCGGAGAUUUUGAUAAUCAAAGGCAUACAAUGGGUUAUGUCUCUGAAUUCCGAUUUCUGCCAAAUCAGUCCGAAGAGAUGGAAGAACAAGCGGAACAGAUUCAUAAGACCCUCAAAAACAUGGUUCCUGCUGAUUGUGAAAUGGAGUUUCUAGACAAAGCGAAAUGGUUGGACUUAUACGGUGCGGAUAUGCACCACGUUAGGGGAGAAGACGGAGUUGAUUAUGAGUUUGGAAUUAAACCAUCUGGUCUUUUAGUCAAGAAACGGGGGAAUAUCAUUGGAAAUUACAUUUGGCCAAAAAUAUCAAAGUUGUACUUCAAAGGGAAGAAAUUUUACCUUUCAGUAUAUGGAAAAAAUGAGAAGGAGGACAGUUAUACGUUUGUCUUGCCGAGAAAGUCAUCCUGUAAACAUUUAUGGAAGAAUUGUGUUGAGCAUCACGCUUUCUUUAGAUUGGAGAAGAGCAACUCUACCGCUAAAUCUGGACAGAACUUUCUCCGUUUUGGUUCUAAACAUCGCUAUAGUGGUCGUACUCAGUACGAGGCACUUCAAGAGAGCAUGAGAAGAAAGCGACAAGCUCCAGAGGUUCUCAGAAAAUCGAGUAAGAAGUACCCAAGGCGAAGUUUUCAAGAAAAGAGGAAAGCGAUUCUCAGCAAUCAGGGACGAAAGUCACCAGCGGCGACUAACCCUCAUUCUCAACAUGCAGCGAAUGGAAAUAACCGAUGGUCGCAAUCAAGUGCAGAACCGAAAAUGAACGGAACUCCCAGAGCUGGUGGUCUUUAUACAAACGGUGAUAGAACUCAAAACGGUGGAAAUCAUCUGGCAAAAUUUCCCAAGCCCGGAAGACGUCCUGGGUAUACGAGUGGUAGUGACAAUGAAAGUGGUCGACGAAGAAGAGGAGCAAGGAAUUACGUCUCAGAUGAUGAAGCUGAAGUAAGACGCCGAAGACAUCGACGAAGACGAAACAACCGAGGCUAUGCUUCAGCUGGUGAUGCAAGCGGUACUGAGACUGAAGGUGCAAACUAUAUCGACCGAUCCAUCGACCGACCCAGACCAGCCAAGACAAGAGGUUAUUACACUGAGACAGAGGAGCCAUAUGAUUCUACGGCGCAGUGGGUGGACAGCACGCAAAACUUACAUCAAGUCUCUCGGGAGAGGCAAGGCAGAUCUUAUGAAGAUAUGACAAAAGUACGACAACAAAGACAAUUGCCAUAUAAAUCUGAACCGGAUAUCCAGCUUACCCCAGCCUUGGUCCCCGUGCAGAAAUCCUCCGUGUCAGUUGCGCGUGUUCGCGAGGAUCGUGGCCAUACACAGCGUUAUUCUGGCUCACAUUUGCCGCACGAGUCUCUGUAUAAGGUCAGAUCCGAAUCUGCAAAUAAUAAACUAAAUUUUAAAGUAUUGCUGGAGUUGGGACCGGAGACUGGCAUGCCACAGGACGCACAGGUGGAGAGUAACACGGUUCAACGCAGAGGGGUUGGCGAAAGUCACGAUCGAAGAUAUUCGAACCACAGAUCAUCUGGGGGCUAUACAAGCAGAAAUGAUACCUACCAGCCAAGACGACAUCCUCCUGGCAACGCGGGUAAAACGACCUUACGAAGUCCACAACGUUCAUCAAAUGGAUAUCAAUUUGUGGGCAUGAAAUCGACAGAACUCUGAAAGAACUUUCAUUCGGAAUAUUUUGGUGAACUUG